UUAUAGUUUAGCUUUGGACCACACAUCAGUGAAGAGCUCAUUUAUCUGAUUGUUACAAGAAUGACCAUCAAAACAGAGGCAGAAGGUGCUGUCCUCACCUACUCCAAAUCAAGAGGACUAGUGGCAUUACUCACCGCUUUUAUGAAACAGAGGAGAAUGGGCCUGAACGAUUUCAUUCAGAGACUUGCCACAAACUCCUACGCCUGCAAGCAUCCGGAGGUUCAGUCAAUCCUGAACCUGAGCCCUCCUCAGGAUGCUGAGCUCAUGAACGCUAACCCCUCUCCUCCUCCCAGUCCAUCCCAACAGAUCAACCUCGGCCCAUCCUCCAACCCAACAGCCAAGCCCAGCGAUUUCCACUUCCUCAAAGUGAUCGGCAAGGGCAGCUUCGGCAAGGUUCUGCUGGCACGCCACCGCACAGAUGACCAGUUCUAUGCGGUCAAAGUCCUACAGAAAAAGGCCAUUCUCAAGAAGAAGGAGGAGAAACAUAUCAUGUCAGAGAGGAAUGUGCUGCUGAAGAAUGUCAAGCACCCGUUUUUGGUUGGCCUGCACUACUCCUUCCAAACAGCAGACAAGCUCUACUUCAUCUUGGACUACAUCAAUGGAGGAGAGCUGUUUUACCACUUACAGAGAGAACGUUGCUUCCUGGAGCCCAGAGCCAGGUUUUACGCCGCAGAGAUCGCCAGCGCACUGGGCUACCUCCACUCCCUUAACAUUGUCUACAGAGACCUAAAGCCAGAGAAUAUCCUGCUGGACUCCCAGGGCCACAUCAUUCUCACGGAUUUUGGCCUGUGCAAGGAAAACAUCGAACCCAAAGGGACCACCUCCACCUUCUGUGGUACGCCGGAGUAUUUGGCUCCUGAAGUUCUCCACAAGCAGCCGUAUGACAGGACAGUAGACUGGUGGUGUUUAGGAGCUGUGCUUUAUGAGAUGCUCUAUGGCCUGCCUCCGUUCUACAGCCGUAACACAGCGGAGAUGUACGACAACAUCCUGAACAAGCCACUGCAGCUGAAACCCAAUAUCUCCAACGCAGCCAGACACCUGCUUGAGGGCCUGCUGCAGAAAGACCGCACCAAGAGGCUGGGCUGCACAGAUGACUUUAUUGAGAUUAAGAACCACAUGUUCUUCUCCCCCAUCAACUGGGAUGACCUCAAUGCCAAGAAGCUCACCCCUCCCUUCAACCCCAAUGUGACGGGUCCUAACGACCUGCGGCACUUUGACCCAGAGUUCACAGAUGAGCCGGUGCCCAACUCCAUCGGCUGCUCCCCAGACAGCGCUCUCAUCACGGCCAGCAUCAAAGAGGCUGCUGAGGCCUUCCUGGGCUUCUCUUAUGCUCCGUCUAUGGACUCCUACCUAUAGGAUUUUAACACAGGCACUCUCUAUGGACACCACUUUAGACCUGUAGGACCCCAUAUUCCUUUGGGAUUCCUUAAGGGACAUGAACUGUGUAGUGUCUGUGGACUUGCAUCUUGCCCCCAAACCCCACAUUUCCCAUCUGGAUGAUGGACAUUGUUGACCCCAUCCCAACAACUCUGCAUCUCUUAAUUCUGAAUCUGCUCUUUAUAUGUAUUUACCAUAAUCCCUUCGAUUGCCAACUUGAAUCCAGUUGAGAGGACUUGCUGCAGUCUGCCAUAUUAUAAUGACUCGUUGGGGUUGAUAUGUCGUCCUUCAUCUUAGAGCUCUGAUUUACAGAGGCACAAAUUCUUCAACCCUCCACAAUGGACAUGAACUUUUGUCCUUCUCCAGCCUUCAAGCCCCCUGUCUCUUACCUGAUAGUGGAGGUCAUUUGCACAUAGCUCAGGCAGCUGAAAAGGCCCCUCGCCCUCUGAAGCUACAACUCAAGCACACACUCAUACGCUGUUUCCACUCUUUCUCAAAAGAGGAAACCUUACAGGACCAGCCCAUAAAAUGAUUUCUGUCUUCAUCUAUGUAGCAAAAUAUUCAUCCUCUUUAGAGGUUUUGUCCAUCCCACAUGGGGGCCUGUCAGUGGAGUUGGGCUGAGUAGUUUGGAGAUGAUGUUCAUUUUGGUGCUUUAGUUUCUUAUCAUUUGUUUUCAGUUGUUUUUUUUCCAGAAAAGGGAGAUAUUUAUAGCUGAAUGUUACAGAGGGGGACGUUUUUGCUCUUAAAGGUGCCUUUAUUAUUUCUCACCACCAGAACUCAGAUCUUUUGGGUUUGUCUUUGUCAACCAUAACGUCACCCACUUAUGGUCAGUCCAUGUUUCACUUGACUACAGGAGUUUAUUUAUGCGAGGAGUUGUUUGUCAGUGGAUAGGAAUGUUCUAGCACUAACUUAGUACCCAUGUUUCGUCAUUAACCGGAAGGAUGUAGGAACUCGAACAGUGUCAACUUCCAUCUCUUCAUUUGCACAUGAACUGAUAACGGUAAUGCUGAGAAAGAGAAAGAGAGAGUGCUGCUGCUAUAACCUGGUCGAGAAAAGGAGCAAUAUGUUCCAAAGUGUUCAUGUAGUUCUGCUUGCCAACCAAGUCCCCAUCGUAUAGUCUUCCAUUCACCUCACGAUAACCGCGGCCUGCAUCCGGGCUGCUUUGGUAACAUCUUAACUAAACAUUCCAUUUUAAUAUUGCUGUAAUGCAGUUUAAUGGUAUUUAAGUUUGUUUGUAUAUUUGGAGUUAUGUGUACUAGUUUUAAUGUAUAUUGGAC